AUUAAAUUAACUAUAAUAAUAUUAAAUUCAGAGCCCAAAGUGAGAAGCUGUUUUGGUGAAUUGGUUUGCUACCAUUAACACAUUCAGCAAAUAUGUUUUCCAGUAAAUAUGACAGAGCCUUUGUCAUGUAUAUGAGUGUGUGUGCAUGUGUGUGUGCUGAACACGAGCUGUUAUCUGAUACCUGAACAGACUGCUGUGGGGAGCAUGUCCACUGACUGUGUGAGGUCACUCUCAGACAAAGCCGAACACACACUCACCAUGCACGAACAUCUCUAUGGGAAGGCUGAAAUGGACAACCAGAAACACAGCUCCAAGGAACAUCAGCAGGACAAACCGGGACAGAAGAAACCCCGCAGAAAAGACACUCCGGUACUCAACAGCCCUCCACUCAUACCAGGCGUGAGACUGAUGAAGACAGAGGCUCAAAUGAUUCAUCAGGAGGAUGAGGAGAAGGAGAUGACGAAGUAGAUGUCUUUAAAAUCCUUCAGUUUUCAUUCUUGUUAAUGUUAUUUUUGAUUGUUGUCUGAGCCUUCAUUAAAGGUUUUGCAGAUA